CGUGCAGUCCGGCGACGCUACUGGUUCAACCAGCUGUCAAUCACAGUAUCCGAGCUGCGAUUGGUCGAGGGGCGGGCUGGUUUUUGAAUGGAUGCAGGAAGUGUGCAGCGUGAGACUGCAAUUUGACUUUAGCUCUUCCAGGAAAUCACGUUCCUUAUCAACGUCGGUGAACCUCUGUCUGAAGAUGGUGGACUCUCAGUACUACCUCCCGAAUGACAUUGGCAUCUCUGCACUUGACUGUGGGGAGGCCUUCCGCUUGCUUUCACCCCAGGAGAAGAUGUACUCCCACUACCUGUCGCGUUCCGCCUGGUAUGGUGGUCUUGCAGUGUUGCUGCAGACGUCCCCUGAAUCGGCGGACAUCUUUGUCCUGCUGCAGAAAAUCUUCAGGAAGCAGACACCUUCACAGCUGGCACAGGUCGCCACAGCAGCUGGACUCAGCUCUGAGGAGUACCAGGCCUUCUUGGUGUAUGCAGCAGGUCUGUAUGCCAACAUGGGAAACUACAAGUCUUUUGGUGACACAAAGUUCAUCCCAAAUCUGCCUCAGGACAAGCUGAAAGCUCUGGUGAAGGCCAGCCAGGCAUUUCAGGACCAGCCCACUGAGAUGGAGGCGCUGUGGAACAGCUGCUCGUGUCUUCUCUACUCUCUGGAAGACAGACAGAAACAACUGGGUCUGGGCGACAAGGGAAUCACCACUUACUUCUCAGGAAACUGCUGCUUGGAGGAUGCUGAGCUGGCUCAGAAGUUCCUUGACUCAAAGAAACUUUCGGCAUACAACACACGUCUUUUCAAGAGGGACAAUGGAGGGAAAGCCUGCUAUGAGGUGCGCUUGGCCUCAGCUGUGCAGAAAGAUUGUGCUGUGGACGGUGAAUGCGAGUCGUCCUGCGGCAGCUUCAGCUUUGAAGACAAAGAGUUCACUGUGAAGAGAGGAGACUACGCUCCUCUCAUGGAGAAAGUCAGCUAUUACCUCCAACAAGCACAGGGCUACGCUGCCAAUGAGAACCAGAGAAAAAUGCUGGAAGAGUAUGAACGCAGCUUCACCCUUGGCUCAGUUGAAGCCCACAAAGAAGGCUCUCGCUUUUGGAUCAAAGACAAAGGACCAAUUGUUGAGAGUUACAUAGGUUUCAUAGAGAGCUACAGAGACCCAUUUGGCUCCAGAGGAGAGUUUGAAGGUUUUGUUGCUGUGGUGAACAAGGCGAUGAGUGAGCGUUUCGCGAAGCUGGUGAGCUCAGCGGAGGUCUUGCUUCCUGAGCUGCCUUGGCCCAGGGAGUUUGAGAAGGACAUUUUCCUUAAACCCGACUUCACCUCGCUGGAUGUUCUCACCUUCGCUGGCAGUGGAAUACCAGCUGGCAUCAACAUCCCCAACUACGACGACAUCAGACAGUCAGAGGGCUUUAAAAACGUGUCGCUAGGCAACGUGCUGGCUGUGGCCUACGCUACACAGAAAGAAAAACUCACCUUCCUGCAAGAGGAAGACAAGGAUCUGUUUAUCAAGUGGAAGGGCCCAUCGUUCGAGGUGCAGGUUGGACUUCAUGAGCUGUUGGGCCAUGGAAGCGGCAAACUGUUUGUCAAGGAUGACGAAGGCAAGUUCAACUUCGACCAAAACAAGGUGAUCAACCCAGAGACUGGAGAACCGGUGUCCAGUUGGUAUCGGGGCAGCGAGACGUGGGACAGUAAAUUCUCCACCAUCGCCUCCUCUUAUGAAGAAUGCCGCGCCGAGUGUGUCGGACUCUACCUGUGUCUCAUCAAGAAAGUACUCAGUAUCUUUGGCCACGAAGACGAGGACGCCGAGGACGUAGUGUAUAUCAACUGGCUCAGUAUGGUCAGAGCUGGACUGUUGGGCCUGGAGUUCUACACAACUGAGAGCAAGAGCUGGAGACAGGCUCACAUGCAGGCUCGUUUCGUGAUCCUGGGUGUUCUGCUGGAGGCCGGGGAGGGCCUGGUGGGCCUGGAGGAAGUGACCGGGGUGGACGGCAAGCCCGACGCUCGGAUCACACUGGACCGAAGCAAGAUCCACACUGUGGGCAAGAACGCCAUCCACAGGUUCCUCUGCAAACUGCAGGUCUUAAAGUCGACCGCGGAUGUGGAAGGAGGCCGGGCUCUGUACGCUUUCUACUCCACUGUCAGCGACACCGGCACCCACAACUUCUUGCGUCUUCGGGAGACAGUGCUGCUGAGGAAGGAAGCACGAAAGAUGUUUGUCCAGGCCAACACCAAAGUCAACGGGGACAGUGUUGAGCUGGUGGAAUAUGAAGGCAGCGCGGCAGGAUUGAUCUGCUCCUUCACCGAGCGCUUCCAGGACGAUGCAGAGAAGCUGGAGGCCGACCUUCUGGAGAUGAGCAAAAAAGACGCCCCCUGCUGGUGUUGAUGGACGUCCCAUCCAUAGGCUUCAAAAGUUCCAGCUAAAAUCAACACUUUUUUUUAGCCAAAUGUUAUUAGAGAGGUGCUACUUAUUGAAUGUUUAAAAAAAAAACUUUAAGAGGACACUUCGAUAGAGAGACUAAAUUACCACAAACAAAGCCAUAACACAUUUGUCAAAAGACACCAGCUCAUAUAUUCUUAAAGCACCAGUUCAGUUUAGUACAACAACAUCAUUCCUUUUGAUGAGUUUAGAAAAGUUCUUUUUCUGAUAAGAAGUACUGUUAAGUUUCCAUUAAACCAGUGCUGCCUGACGGUUACAAUGCUGGGUAUAACAGUCUAUUUAAAUUACUGUUGGUCACAAAUUGGCUUCACAAAUCUUCCCAAAAUGAUCAUGAGAAAUAUUUUGUCUCUACUCACAGUUGACUUUUGGCUAAAAAGGUUCUUUACAACUAGUCCUCUCAGUUAAAUGUUUGUCAAGCAUCGGCGUUCAUGAUUAUCUGAAAGCUUAAGAUGAUAUUAUGGUAACACAAAAACACUUAAUGCUUAAAGAAUUAAAAGAUGAAUUGACUGUUCAAAAUAUUGUUGUUUGGAAGGCCUAAAAAAAGUGUACUGAAGAAAUGUAGUGUUGAUCUACACAAUAAAAAUUGUUUGAUAAGA